GUCAAAGGAAAUGAGAAUUCUGUAGGAUCCAUUUUAAAGAGUAGUUUAGAGAAUGAAGAUGGGGUCUUGGAAAAGAUUACGUAAUUGACAAUAAAAGAAGAAAGCUCGAAGAAGAAGAUAGAUCAUAUCCCGAUCAAAAUGACGAAUCGAAAACAGUGCUUUCAUCGACAAGUGCUCGGUUUGCUACUCCUUUUACAAGCAAGCAUUCGGUCCGGGCACGUGGUACACGUGGCCGAGGCAGUAGAAACUGCUCACGCGGCCGAUCCACCGCCCUCGGCAUCGGUACCCACUAGCGUCUCAGGGCCGGAUUACACCGGGCCGUCAGCCGGUGCCGACGAAUGCGAUCCAGAGAUGGUCGGCUUCGAGCUGAUUACCGGCUAUGUAUACACCGCGCCCACGAACAUGCUCGAGUCCAUACCGGGCACGUUGAUGCUCACCGACUGUCUCGAAACCUGUCAAGCGAACGAUUCUUGCCAGGCGGUCAACUACGAGACCGGUCUUUGCGUUCUAUUCAGCUCUAACGCCGACAGCAAUCCAGGUGCUCUAUCGCAAUCGCAAUUCCCAGUGUUCACGAUCUACGCUCAGAAGAGUUGUCUUGCUGUGAAGCCGUGCGAACGCGCUUGGUGCAUCGACAGAGUACAGGGCCAUCGUCUUCAGGGUCACGCGCGCAGGACUAUGAACGCGUCCUCGCGACAACAUUGUCUGGAACUCUGCCUAGGCGAAAGAGACUUCUUAUGUCGAUCCGCCAACUAUGCAAAUGCCACGAAAAGUUGCGAACUUUCGGACAUGGACCGAUUGACGGUAGCUGGUUCAAGCGCAUUUCAAACAGCAAAGGACUUCGAUUAUCUUGAAAAUCAUUGCGUCGAGGAGCCAGUAAAAUUGUGUGAAUUCAAGAAACUUAGCGGUCGUAUUCUCAAGACCGUCGAUUCGGUUUAUCAGGACGUUGGUACAUCUGAAGAGUGUCGCGAAUUGUGCUUGAAUUCGCCUUUCCGUUGCCAUUCUUAUGAUUACGGUGAUACCGGCGAUAUGGUUUGCCGCCUUAGUCAUCAUUCUAGAGCUACCCUUUCAGACAUUCAGGAACCCUAUUUGGAUGUGGCAGAAGCAUCGACAUACGAGCUGAGUUCGUGCUAUAAUGUUACAAUCGAUUGCCGAGCUGGAGAUAUGGUAACCAGAAUUCAAACUAGCAAACUCUUUUAUGGAAAAGUCUAUGCAAAGGGAUCGCCGAAUUCAUGCGUGCAGGAUGUGAAGGGAGCUCUUGAAUUCGAACUCCGAAUGGCUUACGACGAUCUCGAAUGCAACAUUAGACAGCAGGGACUUGGCCGAUAUCUGAAUGACGUUGUGAUUCAGCAUCACGACACGAUCGUGACAAGCUCUGACCUUGGCCUCGCAGUGACCUGCCAAUACGAUCUGACCAAUAAGACGGUUUCGAACGAAGUCGAUCUUGGCGUGCACGGUGACAUCACGCCAGCUUUAUCAGAAGAAGUGAUUGUCGAUUCUCCGAACGUAGCGAUGAAGAUCACCGAUCGCAGUGGGAACGAGGCGAUCCCUUCUGCCGAAGUCGGCGACCCGUUGGCUCUCAAAUUCGAGAUUCUCGAUCCCAACAGCCCCUACGAGAUUUUCGUCCGAGAACUCGUCGCUAUGGACGGCGUCGACUCCAGCGAAAUCGUUCUGAUCGAUUCAGACGGUUGUCCUACCGAUCACGUGAUCAUGGGACCUCUUUACAAAUCCGCAACCUCCGGAAAGAUACUUUUGUCGCACUUCGACGCGUUCAAGUUUCCCAGCUCGGAAGUGGUACAGUUCCGUGCAUUGGUGACACCCUGCAUGCCAAGUUGCGAACCGGUACAGUGCGAUCAGGAAGAGGCUACGGGCGAGCUAAGAUCAGUAAUCUCGUUCGGUCGACGUCGUCGUCGUCGUUCAACCUCGUCGUCGCAAAGCCGAGAGGAUCUACUGUUGGUACAAUCAAUCCAAAUUACAGACAAGUUUGGAUUCGAACGAGAAGGGAAACCAUCGAACGGCACGUCGGCUACGCGGGACACCGUCUUCGUCGAAAGUACCGAAGACAUUAAUGGCUCAUCGAUGGGAGUUUGCAUAAAUCUUGGUGAGGCAAUUGUGGCUGGUACGGUCUUCCUCGUUGCACAAAUUGCCAUAAUCGCAGUAUGGACCUUUACCUGGCAACGGCGUCGACAAAUGUUAAAACAUCAGGAAGCCCUCUCGGUAUCGGUAUCUGUGCCAGGCAUGCACUCGCCUGGUUCAGCUCGUACCGAUAGUCUCUGUAAGUUAUAUGACGCCGGUUACGCCGGACGUCGUUUCUGAAGUCGAAAGACUUACAUCGUCAUCUUUCAACCCUCUUCGAUCUACGCCCUUUCUCGCCUCUUAUCGCGUCUUGAUCAUUCGUAGUAAACUGUCCGAUAUUACCGUACGGCGAGUAAUUAACGAUGACGCACGAAGCGCGAGUCCCGACUUUUGUCACGACGAACGGACAAUUUUUAAUGCUUUUUUUAUCCCCCCCUCUCUAUUCUCCAG